GUGUCUGGGGCGGAGGAAAGGCUGCCCAUGUUCUGGAAAAAGGCAGAAGAGUGGGCACCUUGCAUAGAAGCAGGCAUCAAAGAAUUGUCUGGUUUGGUGCUGGAUGAGGUCAAGAAAUUGAAUGUGAAAGUGCAGUGGCAAGAAGACCGAAAAACCAUCACCCUGAACCUGUCAUCCAGACUCAAUGACCUUGCAUUUAAAUGGAUCUUCACAUUAAACAGAUUGUCUGAUGACCUGUUUCGUGAACAUUGGAUAGUACCACUAGUUAUACAAAUGCAUCAUAUGGGCAUAAUUAUUAAACAGCUCAAUACAGACCUUAAAAAGAAGACUGAACAAUUGAAGGACCUUACACCUGAUAGUAAAAAUAACAAAAUAAUUGGUAAAACUAAGAAGAAGGAUGUGAUAGAUGCCUCAGUAGAAGCAUUGAUGGUAGAAGGCAAUUGGACUGUACUGCAGGACCAUCUUGUCAAUUUUCCACAUAUAAUGAAACACUUAUCAAGCAAAAGAAAAAGAGAGUUAGAAGAAAGCGAGAAUCCACCAGGGGCAGCAAACACUACUGCUGCUGCCAAUAAAGGUCAAAAGAAAUGUAAGGAGGAGGAGGAAGAAUUUAAGAGGCUGGAAAGGGAGAAAGAGAAGGAAAGGAGAGCCCAGAUACAGGAAAUUCAACAAGGACCACCAUUAACACAAGCGCCAAACAAGAAAAGAAGAAGAAACUGAAUAUUUGAUUAACCUUUGAAGAAAUGGUACAUGUGAUAUUAUUGUGAUAAAUGAAUAAUGCAGAUUUUCAUGUGGUCACAAGAUUUUGUUAUAUUAUGUGCUAUGAGCAGUAGAGGCUUAUAUACAAGCCUGUAAAUUAGCAUCAUAGUAACAAAAAGUGCACUGGGGACAUUACUUCACUGUAAUUUUUAUUUGUAGUCAAAUAUUAUGAUGAUCAAAAUGUAGUAGUUACAAGCACCUCUUUUUAUAAAGUGAAUUUUAGACAUCUGCCAAGUGAUGAAAGUACAAAUGACUUUAUAUGGUUGAAUGCAUGUGAUUUCUGUCUGACAUUCUUUUCUAAUGGCUUUUACAUCUGAAUUUUAUGUGCAGAAAUAUAACUCAUGAAAACUUGUAAUGUAAGAGAGGCAUACAUCAUCCUAUCCAGCAUUUGUGGGUCUUUCUCUAUCAUCCUUAUGUUCUGGGAAAGGGUGAAGGGGCACUUCCUUAAAUUAUCAGUUACUCUGGAAAUUAUUUUAUGAAAGUGUUGUAUUUAAUAUUUUAUGUUCUUCCUUUUUUAACGAAUUUUAAUAAAGGUUUUAUAGAACCCUUAUAUCUAGUUUAAGGCAUGUAAUACUAAUAUAACUGUAAUGCACAGAAGUCUGGUUUCUGUUUUGAAAAAAAAAUAGCUAUGCAAAAUAUUCAUGUAUGGAAAGAAAGUGUGUCAAAACAACAUAAUAUUAUUAUUGUUGUUAUUUUAGAUAUAGCAGGUUUGUACGGUGCUUCUACCAUGUCUUUGAACAUUAAUAUUGAAACCUUGUAUGUAAAGCAUUCAUAUUGCAGCUUAUUAUACUGUACUUCAUCACUUUAUUGUAUUUUGCUGUGCAUUCAGUAUAUUAAGUGGACUAAUCUUAUACUCUUUUAUGAUUGCCAGUUAAUCUUGAUUACAUAUUUGAAAGGAAUAUAUAUAAUGAACUACUUCCUAAUAUAUAUUUCAAAUAAAGAAGAGCAAAGAAG